CAGAUUGAGCCGUCCACAGUAAUGCCAAUCUAUAGGUGAUAUCAACUCAACUGUCUAGAUAACGUGUAGUGAGUAGUGACAUUUCGUAUCCAUACCAAGAGUACAAUCAAAUCAAUAUGUUGAAACGUAAACAUUCCGACUGUAGUCCAACAAGAUCAGAUGACACGCCGGAGACCACACCAUCAUCAGAGUUUGAAGAAUCCAGUUGUGACAGUAUGUGUGGUAGCGGAGCUUCAGGAAGUACAGAACCAACUGUGAAGAAAAAGAAGAAAAAUGUGCAAUUCAACGGUGUUACAGUAUUUUAUUUUCGAAGGUCUCAAGGCUUCACGUGUGUACCCAGUCAAGGCGGCUCCACCCUUGGUAUGGCCAAUAGUCAUGACAAUAUCUUCCACUUCAGUCUAAAUGAAUUUGCUAUGGAACAGGAGCGUGUACACAAGGAGAUGCUGAAAGAUCAAAUUAGACAACGAAGACGACAACAAGCUUUAAAAUUCCGUAAUGGGGAAACAUCACUUGAUGAGGAGGAGGAAGACGAUGACGAAGACAGCAAUACAGAGGAAGAGAUUGAUAAACUUAAUAUUAAUGACUAUUACUUCCUACAACCUGUGCCAACCAAAAAGCGGAGAAUUCUCCUCCGAUCAGCCGGUGUGAAGAAAAUAGACAGUACUGAAAAACGAGACUGUAAGCUCAUACGUAUAUCUCGUGAGGUUUGUGGGUGUGAUUGUAAGGUGUACUGUGAUCCCGAAACGUGUGCGUGUAGUCUUGCUAAUAUCAAGUGUCAAGUGGACCGUUUAUCGUUUCCUUGCGGCUGCAGUAAAGAUGGUUGCGGUAAUCUGCAAGGACGAAUUGAGUUCAACCCAGUGCGGGUUCGGACGCACUUUAUCCAUACGCUAAUGAGGCUUGAUAUGGAGAGCAAUCAGAAUGAUCUGACUUGUUCCAUCUGUCUCGAGUUCUACAAAGAACCUAAAGUCCUACCAUGUCUUCAUACAUUCUGUGAGCAAUGUCUGGUGGAUUUUAAGGCCAAAUCUGGGGGUGUUUUGAGCUGUGCAACAUGCAGAGUUCCUUGUGACAUUCCCAUCCAGGAUCUAAAGUUCAACUUCAGUAUGACAGAAAUACUACAUGCAUUCCAGAAAAAAAAGGAGUUAAUAGCCGACCAUUCGCUAAUGUGUGAGACAUGUGAAAAGAGACCAGCAACUCAUAGGUGCAUAAAUUGCCCACAGUUUUGUUGUGAUGUAUGUGUUAAAGCUCAUACAGCUCUCCAAAUGCACAAAGUGCUCACCAUUGAUAAGUACAGAGAGACAGAAUCAAAAGAUCAACAGUUGGUACGUUCAGGAACUGUCUGCAAUGAACAUGAAGCAAACACAUUAAAGUUUUACUGUGACACUUGUCAGAUACCUAUAUGCUAUGACUGUACGGUAGUAAAACACAGAGCUCCUGAACACGUCCACAUGGACUUGCAGGAGGUGGUAGAGAAAUAUAAAAUUCAGCUAAGAGAACAGUUGUGGCAGAUGAAAGACAAAGAAUUGGAACUUGAGUGGAGGAUCAAAACUGCCAAAGGCACGAAAGACGAAAUCAAAAGACAGAGCAAGACAGAAAAAACUAAAGUUAUGAGAAGAGUGGAAUUUAUGAUAGCCACAUUAAGGAGAGAAGAAGGACGACUCUUGCUACUUUGGAUGAAAGUUUCAGAAAAGAUCUGGAAGUUGUAG